AAUAUAAGUCGGCUGCUAUUUUAAUUGAGUCAGUUUACAGUUAUUGUAUCAAUAAUGUUCUCGCUCGGAAAGUGCGUUUUGGUCUUGUGCGCUGCUGUUGCAGCAAACGGGUUCUCCCUGGGACCGACCGACAUCAUUUUCCACUUGUUCACAAGGUCGAACCCACAAGUCAGCCAGCCGAUAUUCCCCUCGAUCAACUCCAUCCUCGCUGCAAGUCUCUUCAAUCCAGAGGUGAACACCGUCAUCACCGUCCACAGCAAUGGCGAGGACGUUACUGGAAACUUCAACGCUUUCGUCGUUACUGGUCACUUACAGGCCGAGAAUGUCAACGUUCUCGCCGUGGACUGGAGCAAGGCUUCCUCCAUGUACACCGAAGGCCUCGCCAACGCCGAGCAGGUCGGCAAGGUCAUCGCAGACUUCAUAAACAUUUUGUCCCAGUCUUUCUCAUACAUGCCGAGUCAAGUGCGCAUCGUCGGCGUCGGCCUCGGCGGACACAUUGCUGGAAUUGCCGGCAGAAAUGUUAUCGGGAACCUUCCUUACAUUGUUGCUAUCGACCCUUCCCUCCAUGGCUGGACUCACAACCCUCUGAUCCUGAACAAGGACGACGCUGAUGUUGUUGAGGUUCUCCACGCUACCGCCGGUGUCCUCGGCUACGACUUCCCCCUGGGAGACAUCGACUUCUACCCCAACGGAGGCACUUACCAGUUCGGCUGUGGAAUUGACUCAUCUUGCUCCCUUACCUAUGGAAUCGCUUUCUACGCCGAAUCCGUUACCAGGGGUGCUGAGGACAACGAAUUCGUUGGUACUAAAUGUGAAAACUAUGAAGAAGCUAUUGCACAGGAAUGCGCUGGUGCCAGAGAUGCUGUCUUCGGUGGACUAGAGUCUAAGACCGGAGCAUCUGGCGUCUACAGCUUCAAGACCAACAUGGUGCAGCCUUUUGCCCAGGGUUAAGGUUUUUAUGAAAAAUAAACAUUGAAUGACAAAAGCGAUGUUUUUUUAAUAAAUUUAAUUUAUUGUUUCUCAAUGUAUAUAAGAGAUAAUCCAACCAAACCAAAAAUAUGUAAUUAAAUUGAUAAGAAUGAAUAA